AAAAAAGAAAAAAAAAAUGGAGUACUGGACCAGAGGCCAUACCAUAGGGCACGGAGCCACCGCCGCCGUGUCGGUGGCUACUUCACAAAUCUCCGGCGAAAUAUUCGCCACGAAAUUCGCUGAGCUGUCGCAAUCGGAGCCACUGCAGAGAGAGCACAAAAUCCUAUCCACUCUUAAUAAUCCUCAUAUAAUUUGUUACAAAGGCUGCAACAUUAGCGUAGAGAACAACAAGCCAAUCUUCAAUCUGAUGAUGGAGUUCGCGCCAAAAGGCACAAUCGCCGAUCGAAUUCUCCGCCGCCAGCUGGACGAGCCGUCAAUCGGUUACUACACGUGUGGAAUUCUUAAGGGGUUAGAGUACUUGCAUUCCAAGGGGAUAGUGCACUGCGAUAUUAAAGGGAGCAACGUACUGUUGAACGAAUUAAACGAAGUCAAAAUUACCGACUUCGGCUGCGCUAAGUUUGCCGACGAGGCGGCGAUCAGCGGCACUCCGAUGUAUAUGUCGCCGGAAGCUGCGAGAGGGGAGGAGCAGGGUUUUCCGGCGGAUAUUUGGGCGCUAGGCUGCACGGUUAUCGAGAUGUCCACCGGAAAAUCACCGUGGCCUAACGCCGCCGCCACGCUUCGCCGGAUUGCGUUCUCCGGCGAGUCGCCGGAGAUUCCGGAUUUCCUCUCUGGCGAAGCUAAGGAUUUUUUGAGUAAGUGUUUAAGAGUUGAUCCGAAACAGAGAUGGACGGCGAAAGAGCUUUUACGGCAUCCUUUUCUAGACGAAUUUCGAUUCGAACAUUUAAAGAAGAUCGAAGACGACACGUGUUCGCCGACGAGCAUUCUUGAUCACGGGAUUUGGAGUUUGAUUGAGGAAGAAGUACUUUCGGAAACUCCAUGUGAGGUGAAUUACGAAGAUUUUUCGGAUUCUCCGAUGCAGAGGAUUAAAGAGUUGGCGACGAAUUCUUCCGGGAGGGCGAAUUGGGAAUGGAGAGAGAGUUGGAUAACAGUUAGAGACAGUGAAAAAUGUCAAUAUUAGUAUUAACAGUAGAGAUUAAUUAUAAUCUUUUACUUGGUAAGAAUCUUAAUUUGAAGAGAUGUACAGAGGAAUUUGUAUCAGACCAAUCUCAAUUUUUAUAAUUUUUUUGGAUCUCAAUAGUUUUUCUUCACAUUAUUUUUUUUGCGUAACAUACGUAGA